AUUGGGCCUAGCCUCCACAGCCCUGAUGGCAGCCAGCAAUGCGUGCAUUGCCUUGGUUGGCGGCAAGCUUAUGGCGUAACGAUGGCUGCCUUGCACUGCCCUUCUCGGAGAAGUAUUCAGACCUGGAGCGAGAGGAUUUGGCGCGUGUCGCGCACGCGCUGCUCUCGGGAAGGCUCAACUGCUCUGCCACAGGUCGUGAGGCCCAUGUCUUGGACAUGCUGCGACACUACGGCGGCGUGCCGGAUUCCUGUUUCGCGGCCAACCUCGGCCGAGUCUUGUGUUGCACCUCACUGAUGCACAGCCCCUGCUUCGAGCAGGACCCGCCGCUGUUUGCUUUUUCGGCCAAACGCUGUUGCUCCGAGGUAGACCCAUGUCUAUUGUCAUACGAGGCAGUGACUUCCCAGGCCACCUUCGACUGCGGCGACUUCCUGCGCUGCGCCGGGGCCAUCUUUCUCCCAUGCCUCACCUGGACCAUGGAGGAAGACCGCUACUUUGAAACGAUUUUGGCACCGCGGCUGUUGCAACGUGGUCAUCGCUGCUUCUCCUUGAGCCUCUCAGCCCCCAGCUCGGAUGUGCCCGUCUUGGGCUUGGAUUUCUGGUUGCUAGGACUAUGCGCUCCUGCUGUGUGCAGCGCCGAGUCCAUUGAAGAACAUGCAGAAGAGUUGGUGAGAUAUAUCCACCUGGCAAGUGUCACAGGCAUGCGAGCCGUGGAUAUAAACGAUUUGAAUGGCGUGGCAGUCCAAGAGAUCGUCCAUUGGUCCCAGCUUCGUUUGGACUUUGCCAUUGUGGGACCCCCGAACUCGGGCAGCUCUUCUUUGCAGAAAAGCCUUGGAGCUCAUCCAGAUGUUCGUUUCAUCGGUGGCCUGGAUGAGAUGUCGGUUCCCAGCAGUUGGCUGCGGAGCGUGGAGUCCUGGCACUGGCGCUGCUCUGCGCCUCAGCUGCUGCCCAAGAGCUGGGCCGUGGAGCAUCACGUGGAGGUGCUGGCGGGCAACGAAGCUGGAGAAAUUGUCAGCCGAAAGAGGUCACCCAUUGUUGGAUUUCGAAAUCCGAAGUUCAUCUACAGCAAGCAAUGCCUGGAGAACCUCAAGUUCAUUCCAGGCAUUAAGAUCAUUGCAAUGUGGCGGGAUCCCAUUGACUGGAUGUGGAGCUCCUUGUCCAGAGCAUAUGAAGGCUUUGAUGCGUCCCACGAGGACUUCGUCCAAGCAUGGCAUGCGCUGGCAGUCGACGCGGGGCAGG